AAUAUGACUCUCCUCUCUUUCCUGCCCUGCUUCAUGACCUGUGAGCUCAAAUCUCAGAGUUCCCAUGAAGCUCAAACUGGGAUGUCCCCAUCUUCUGCUUUCCCUCCUCCUCCUUGGCUCCACUUCAAUCUUCAUGUUCCUCCCACCGAUCGCUUUCGCCGCCACACCCAAGCUCACCAUUAAUGAAGUGAGGGCAUUGAAAGAGAUAGGGAAGAAGCUGGGGAAGAAGGAGUGGGACUUUGGUAUAGAUCCCUGCAGUGGCAAAGGCAGAUGGAAUGUGACAGAUGAGAGGAAAGGCUUUGGCUCUGCCAGCUGUGUUAUCUGUGAUUGCUCCUUCAAUCUCAAUUCAUCUUGCCAUGUUGUAAGCAUACUUUUUAAGGCUCAGAAUAUUUCCGGUACUCUUCCACCAGAGUUUUCCAAGCUUCAGCAUCUCAAGCAAUUGGACCUUAGUCGUAAUCUCUUCACUGGUUCUAUACCUCAGCAAUGGGCUGCUUUGCACUUGGACCAGCUCAAUCUCAUGGGGAACAAGUUAUCAGGUCCUUUUCCUAAAGUUCUCACCAAUAUCACAACCCUCAGAAACCUGAGUAUUGAAGGGAACCUAUUUUCAGGCCACAUUCCUCCAGAGAUUGGAAACUUGGUCAAUUUAGAAAAAAUCAUUCUGUCAUCAAAUGCAUUCACUGGAGAAUUGCCACCCGCACUUUCAAAGUUGACCAAGUUGACCGAUUUGAGGAUUAGUGACAAUAAUUUCUCUGGGAGGAUACCCGAUUUCAUUAGCAAAUUGACAUCUAUUGAGAAGCUGCACAUUGAGGGUUGCUCGCUUGAGGGACCCAUACCUUCCACCAUUUCUGCCUUGAGAAGAUUAAGUGAUUUGAGGAUAACUGAUCUGAAAGGUAGAAGCUCAUCUUUCCCAUCAUUGGGCUAUAUGAAAUCAUUGAGGACCCUUAUACUGAGGAGAUGCUUGAUCAAAGGAAAAAUCCCCUACUCUAUUGGGAAUAUGAACAAACUGAAAAUCUUAGACUUGAGUUUCAAUGACUUGACUGGAAGGAUACAUGUCUCUUUUGACCAGCUCGACAAAGUAGACUUCAUAUAUCUUACUGGGAACAAGCUAACAGGGACAAUACCGAGCUGGGUUCUUGGAAGUAAUACAAAUGUUGAUAUUUCUGACAAUAACUUUAGCUGGGACAGCUCGAGUCCAGUUGAAUGUCCAAGAGGGAGUGUAAAUUUAGUGGAGAGCUACUCUUCUUCUGUGGAUAAACAAAAAAAUGUUCACUCGUGCUUGAAAAAGAACUUUCCAUGCUCACAUUUGGACAGCCAAUACCACUCCUUGCACAUUAACUGCGGUGGCAAGGAAGAAAAUAUCAAUGGUACUAUUUAUGAAAGGGACAGAGAACAAAGAGGUGCUUCAAUGUUUUACUACGGCCGGAAUUGGGCUCUCAGCAGCACCGGGAACUUCAUGGACAAUAAUAUUGAAUCUGAUCCCUAUAUUGUGACCAACACUUCCAAACUUCUCCGUGUCUCCGCUCCCACUUCAGAACUAUACAGGACAGCUCGUUUGUCUCCCCUUUCUCUCACUUACUAUGGACUCUGUCUAAUGAAUGGAAACUACACUGUUAGGCUUCACUUCGCAGAGAUUGUGUUUGUCAAUGAUAGAUCAUUUUACAGUCUUGGGAGACGUGUAUUUAACGUCUAUAUCCAGGGGAAGUUGGUCCUAAAGGACUUCAAUAUUGAGAAAGAAGCUGGUGGGACUGGAAAGCCAAUUGUGAAGACAUUUAAUGCCACUGUCACGCAACAUUCUUUGAAGAUUCACUUCUACUAUGCUGGAAAGGGGACGACUGGCAUACCGACCAGAGGGAUUUAUGGACCUCUGAUAUCUGCCAUAUCAGUAGAUCCUAAUUUUAAACCUCCAUCACCAGGGAUUGGAAAGAGAAGGCAUAUUAUAUUGGUAGCUGCUAUGUUAGCUGCUCUUGUGCUUCUUGUUCUGAUGCUCCUAGGUAUCAUGAGGUGGAAGGGCUGGUUAGGAGGUCAAGACUCCGUGUAUAAAGAGCUAAGAGGAAUAGACCUGCAGACAGGAUUAUUCACAUUAAGACAAAUCAAAACAGCAACCGAAAACUUUGAUGCUACUAACAAACUUGGAGAAGGCGGCUUUGGUUCUGUUUACAAGGGUCUGCUAUCCGAUGGCACUGUAAUUGCAGUAAAACAACUCUCCUCGAAAUCCAAGCAAGGAAACCGUGAGUUUGUGAAUGAGAUAGGAAUGAUAUCUGGACUUCAACAUCCCAAUCUUGUAAAGCUUUAUGGAUGUUGUGUGGAAGGGAACCAAUUGAUACUGAUAUAUGAGUAUAUGGAAAAUAAUUGUCUAUCACGUGCACUUUUUGGAAAAGAUCCAGCCUGCAAAGCAAAACUAGACUGGACAACGCGGAGGAAAAUUUGCCUUGGUAUAGCUAGAGCUUUGGCUUAUCUGCAUGAAGAGUCCAGAAUAAAAAUCAUACACAGGGAUAUAAAGACUAGUAAUGUUUUGCUAGAUAAAGAUUUUAAUGCUAAGGUUUCAGAUUUUGGUUUGGCAAAACUUAAUGAAGAAGGUGAUAAUACACAUAUCAGCACUCGAGUUGCUGGAACCAUUGGUUACAUGGCUCCUGAAUAUGCAAUGCGUGGCUAUUUGACUGACAAAGCAGAUAUUUAUAGCUUUGGGGUGGUUAUAUUGGAAACUAUCAGUGGAAAGAGCAAUACAAAUUAUAGACCCAAUGAAGAAUUCGUUUACCUUCUUGAUUGGGCCAAUGUUCUGCAAGAGAGAGGAAAUCUACUGGAGCUGGUUGAUCCAGACUUAGGAUCAGACUAUUCAACUGAGGAGGCCAUGGUUAUGCUAAAUGUGGCUCUCUUGUGUACCAAUGCAUCCCCCACACUUAGGCCAAAAAUGUCCCAAGUUGUGAGCAUGCUUGAAGGCCAAACAGAUAUUCAGGAUUUGCUUUCUGACCCAGGAUACUCUGCAAGUAGUUCCAAACACAGGUCCAUAAGAAAUCACUUCUGGCAGAACCCAGAUACUGAUUCCUCUAGUUCAUAACUCGGGACAGAAAUAGAAAAUAUGGGAGGAUAUUAGAAAUAGAAAAUGUGUUGGUUUCUCUUAACAAUGCCACAACAUGGCAACAUGGCAUGGGACUGUUCUCAUUGGAUAAUCAGCCUACCUUGUUAUUUACAUACUCCAUUAACAAACAAGUGAAAGUUGUCCGUAGAAAAGUUGUAACUUCAAUUUGGUGUAACUUUCAUGGAAUAAAUAGUAUAUUUUAUAGUUUGGGUCCUUAAA